AUGUCGACGAGUACAGCUACAAACGAGGCUGCGGGUUUAGAGCUAGAAAUAGCGACGGUUUCGAACAUGGCGGUAGAUAACAACGAUGGCGAUCAUGACGACGAGGCUGUUAUAUCUACAUCUACAUCUACAUCUAUACCUACACCUACACCCACACCUAUAACUUCGGACGAGACGAUACUUAUACCCCCAGCUAUACCUACGAUUCAGAAUGAUAGUGUGGUAGAUAUGGAUACUACUACUACUACAACUACUACUGCUGCUGCUGAUGGUGGUGAUGAUGGUGAUGGGGGUGUGGAGGAUGGUAUACCCUCUUCCGGCUCGAGUUCGAGUUCGAGUUCGAAUGUUCCUGCGGAUUGGGUCAUUGUAUCUUCUGGAUCAUCUUCUGCUUCUUCGGUUACGAAUGAGCUAGAAGAUGUUAGUUUAGAACGAAGAAUUGGUGGUGAAGACGGUGAGAGAAUAGAUUCGGCAAGUUCGGUUGUUUUUGUGGAUGGUAGUAUUGAGGUACCGUCGAUACCUUCUACUGCGUCUGUAGACGAUACAGAGCAGGAGGCUACACCGUUGAUUAUAGAUGAAGGGGUACCUCCGUCUGAUAUUCAAACUGGUACCCUAGAUGAAGAUGUUCCUUUAUCUUCAUCUUCUUCAUCGAGAAUAGAAGGUGCGAUACUGGAAACCGAUACACCGGAGUCGAGCGAGCCUUCUACGCCUACUAUGAGGGAGAUUACGGUGUUAGAAGGGGAGGCUAUGGUGGUACCUGUUGCGAACGAAGAGGUAGCUGAACGAGAGGAAGUUCCUGCUCCUGCUGUUGCUGCUGUGGAAGAAGUAGCUGUGGUUGAAGAGAUUCAAGGUGUAUUACCAGAUGUAUUACCGGCUGCAGAAGAGAAUGUGGUGGUGAAUAAUACUGAAGAUGGUGUGGAAGCUGUUGUUGCAGAAGAAGCAGCUGGAGUAGAAGUGCCAGUGGAGCCAGUGGAGCCAGCGGUGGAGGGGAAUGAAGCUGAAGCUGCAGCUGGAGAGGAAGUCCCACCACCAGGAGACCCAGCAGUGGACCCCGUAGACCCAGCAGGACAACCAGAACAAGCAGAACAAACCGAAGCAACCGACCCCCCCACCGAAGAAACAACGGCCCCCGCAGAACCCGAGCCAGAGCCAGAACCACCAUGGGUAUACGACCCCACACAGCCCACCACCAUCCUAGCCAUCCCUCCCGAAAUCAUCUUACACGUCUUCAACUUCCUGCCCCUCUACAACAUGAAAGAAUUCUCACUAUGUUCCAAACGAUGUCGUUCACUCGCCAUCCGUCGGAUCUUCAAACACGUUAAUAUCUCCUCUGAUGCUUUAAAGGCGUUUCAAAAGGGUGGAGAGCUACAUUAUAUCGCCGAUGCGGUGUUUGGGAUUGUGAUUCGGACGAGGUAUAUUGGGCUUGCUAAUGAAUUGUGUACGUUUAUGAAGGAGUGUAUGUAUACCUCUGAAAAAGACGGGGGGAAAGAAGAAGAGGGAGAAACUGGAUUGGGAGUUUUCAGUGCUGUUCGAAGGAUAAAAGUCAGUUAUGGACAGAUACGCUACGACAGAAUGAGUGCCCUCGUCAACACCGGCCCUCUGGACUCCCUCAGCGCCCUGGACGCUCAAUUCAUCAAAGCCAUGUUCUUAUCCCUCCGAAAAGUCAAAUUCUGGAAGAAAAUCCGCUGGGUCGACUUCGUUGUAAAACUCUGGGAAGACCGUCACGGAAUAUUCGACGAACCGGUCGAAGAAGGGAACGAAGUAAAACCAGAAGAUAAACCAGGAUAUCUCACAGACGAAAAUGCAAAUUUUCUAGAAAGCGUCUUGGAUUCGGGAGUAGACGACUUUGAUGAUGGAAAGGAUAUGGUGGCUAUCGCACCGGCGUUGAAGGAUGUUAGGUUGAUUAAUUUCAAACCUAGGAGGAGGGUUGCUUAUAGGAGGAAAGUGGAUAUAUUCGAGGUUUUGGCUUGUAUGGGUGGGAAACCUGAAAAGGUGGUUUUGGAGUAUAUAUCUGCUGGGGAAUCGAUCGAUCUUGUCCCGGGGAGUAGGAUCGAUGAGGUUAGAGUUCAGAGAGGGGUGGAGGAGAUAUGGGUUAAUAUGGCUUCUUUCGAUGUCCCCGGGUUUAUGGAUGAGAUCGCGAGGAGGUUUGUGGAUUUGAAGUCAUUGAUGCUGAUUGUUACUACGGCUGGUGGUGAGGGGUAUUUACUACCUGCUAAAGGUGUAUCGGGGCCAUGGAGAAGAGGGGUACUUGAAAAGAUGGAAAAGAUUAAGGGGUUAAAGACUUUUAUGGUACCCGUGAGAGUGGGACAGGAAGGGGAGAAUAUAAAUCACGGCAGGAGGAAGGAGCUUGGUGAAGUUCCUAAGGAUACUAUAGAGAGACUGGCAGAGUUGGUGAUCUAUUGGAUUGAGAAUGGAGCUGACGACUUGGAGAAAGUUAUUUUCGAGAGGAAAGAACUGGAAGAUGAAGUUGAUUCUGCGGUAGGGCCCGGGUGGAUUUGUAACGUGCGGUGGGAGAAUAAGAGACCCAAGUUGGAGUGGACGGUUGAGAAUCUCUCGGUUGCGGUGUCUUGA